AUGGCGGAGCUGCUUCGGUCAGCUCCCGCUCAGGCCCAAAUCAUCCAUGCUGGGCAGGCGUGCGUGGUGAAGGAAGACAACAUCAGCGAACGCGUUUACACAAUUCGGGAGGGGGACACAUUGGUCCUGCAGUGUCUGGUCACAGGACACCCCCGGCCACAGGUGAGAUGGACCAAAACCGCUGGCAGCGCAUCGGACAAAUUCCAAGAGACGUCAGUGCUUAACGAGACCCUUCGGAUUGAGAAGAUCCAAAGGCUGCAGGGGGGCCGCUAUUACUGUAAAGCAGAAAAUGGGGUUGGGGUCCCUGCCAUCAAGUCCAUCCGAGUAGAUGUGCAGUAUCUAGAUGAACCUGUUCUCACCGUUCACCAGACCAUCAGCGACGUACGUGGCAGCUUCUACCAGGAGAAGACUGUCUUCCUCCGCUGCACUGUCAACUCCAACCCACCAGCUCGCUUCAUCUGGAAACGGGGAGCUGAGACGCUUUCCCACAGUCAGGACAAUGGUGUGGACAUCUAUGAACCCCUCUACACACAGAUGCUAACCAGCCUCAACGCUUCCAGCCAGGCCGUUCGGCAGCACGAGGUGAUGAUGGGUCAUGGAAAUGGGCAGCCAAAUGGAAACAUUCAGGGGGAUGAGGAGAGAGGAGAGAGCUGCAGGUUUUUCAAGUUCCGCAAGAUGAUUCUGACGGCAGUUGAUGAGGAGUUGUGCCUAGAGCUGUUCAGCGAUGCUUUCAGGUUAUGGGCUUGCAAUGAUGAGCUGUGGAAGAACCUGCGGCCCCAGGAUUACGCCAGCUACACGUGCCAGGUGUCCGUCCGCAAUGUCUGCAGCAUCCCUGACAAAUCCAUCACCUUCCAGCUCACCAACACCACAGCCCCACCUGCUCUGAAACUGUCUGUCAAUGAGACACUGGUGGUCAACCCUGGUGACAACAUCACUAUGCAGUGCUCUCUGACGGGCGGUGACCCACAGCCAGAGGUGGUUUGGUCUCACUCUCCUGGCCCAAUGCCUCCUAACAGCCUUGUGCAAGGAGGCAACCUCACUAUCUGGAGGAUCCGCGUGGAGGACUCGGGCUACUACAAUUGCACGGCCAUCAACAACGUGGGGAACCCAGCAAAGAAGACAGUGAACCUGCUGGUGCGGUCCAUGAAGAAUGCCACCUUCCAGAUAACCCCUGAUGUGAUCAAAGAGAGCGAGACCAUCCAGUUAGGCCAGGACUUGAAGCUCUCGUGCCACGUGGAUGCUGUCCCUCAGGAGAAGGUUGUUUAUUCCUGGUACAAGAAUGGGAAACCAGCCAGGUUCUCAGACCGAUUGCUCAUCACCAGGAAUGACCCUGAGCUCCCACCUGUAACCUGCAGCUUGGAGAUUAUUGACUUGAGGUUCAGCGACUAUGGUACCUACCUGUGUGUGGCCACCUUCCAGGGAGCACCCAUUCCUGACCUCAGUGUGGAGGUGAACAUCUCCUCAGAGACAGUGCCACCAACCAUCAGUGUCCCUAAGGGUCAGUCCACAAUCACUGUCCGGGAGGGCUCCCGGGCUGAGCUGCAGUGCGAGGUUCGAGGGAAGCCCAAGCCACCCAUCAUCUGGUCACGGGUAGAUAAGGAAAGCCCCAUGCCUUCAGGGACCAUGACGAUGGAGACGUACGAUGGGAAGCUGCGCCUGGAGAGUGUGAGCCGAGAAAUGAGCGGGACCUAUAAGUGUCAGACAGCCAGGUACAAUGGCUUUAACAUCAGACCCCGGGAAGCCCUGGUGCAGCUCAACGUGCAGUUCCCCCCCGUGGUGGAGCCGGCCUUCCAGGACGUGCGCCAGGGCGUAGGGCGCGGAGUCACCCUGCGCUGCACCAUGCUGAAGGGCAGCCCCAUGAAGGUGGCCACCUCCGUCUGGCGCUUCAACGGGACCCUUCUGGCGCAGCCCCUGGCAGAGCAGCAGGACUACUCAGAGCUGAAGGUGGACAGUGUGAGCCGGGAGACCAGCGGUAGCUACGAGUGCAGCAUUUCCAACGACGUGGGGGUCUCCACCUGCCUCUUCCAGGUGUCUGCAAAAGCUUACAGCCCGGAGUUUUACUAUGACACUCCCAACCCCACCUUGAGCCAGAAGCAAUCCAAGAAUUACUCUUACGUCUUGCAGUGGACACAGAAAGAGCCCGAUGCUGUGGAUCCCAUCCUCAAGUACCGCCUGGAAGUCCGGCAGCUGGCUCAGAGAAACACCAUCCAAACCUUCAUUCCUGUGCAGAAAAUGGAGAAAGGCCUGUUGCUGGAGCACAUCUUGCCCAACCUGAAAGUGCCUCAGAGCUAUGAAGUUCGCCUGACACCCAUCACCAGCUUUGGGGCUGGGGAUAUGGCUGCCCGCAUCAUCCAGUACAUGGAACCAAUCAACUAUCCCAACCCAACAGAUAACACAUGCCGCUUUGAGGACGAGAAGAUCUGCGGCUUCGUGCAAGACAAGCUGGACAACUUUGACUGGACCCGGCAGAACGCCCUGACCCAGAACCCCAAGCGCACCGUCAACACGGGGCCCCCCACGGACAUCAGCGGUACGCCGGAGGGUUAUUACAUGUUCAUCGAGGCGUCCCGGCCCCGGGUGACGGGAGACAAAGCCCGGCUCAUCAGCCCCCUCUACAACAUUACGGCCAAGUAUUACUGUGUCUCCUUCUACUACCACAUGUACGGGAAGCACAUUGGCUCCUUGAACCUGCUAGUUCGCGUGCGGAACAAGCGAGCCAUCGACACCCAGGUCUGGUCGCUCAGUGGGAACCGGGGAAACAUGUGGCAGCAAGCACAUGUGCCCAUCAACCCGCCCGGGCCCUUCCAGAUCAUCUUCGAAGGUGUCCGAGGCACGAGCUAUGAGGGGGACAUUGCCAUCGAUGACGUCACUCUGAAAAAGGGGGACUGUCCGAGGAAGCCAAUUGGACCGAAUAAGGCGGUUGCUCUUCCAGGAGGCGGUGUCCCGGCCCUGCACAGCCCUUGUCUUUGUGGCCCAUUGACUUUCUUCCUUUACAUGCUGCUCAGAUGA